ACAAUAAAAUAAGUGAUCAAUAGUAAAAUCAUGUUAAUAAAGAAACAUGUAGAAAAUGAAUGUUGAUGGUUUCUGUUUCCUCAGUGGUCUGUGGGCCUCCUGGUUUGUCUGUCGAUGCCCUCCUGGCAUCCAACGUGACCUGGGCUGACAGUAACCUUUCCUCUUCAGAUGUUUGCCACCCUCACCCCACCCUAAUUGAAUGUAAGAACAAUGAAACACUUGCUGUUCUCCUGGCUAAUAGCUGCCCUCCAGAGCCUCAAACGACGACUAUACAACUUCCCACCAGUGUUACUGCAGCGGAGUCUACACUCUCAUCUGUAACCUACACAACUGAAGACAUUCAGCCAAACCAUAGACACACUACUACACACAAUAGUACAUGGCAUGAAACAGAGCAGCGAGGCUUACAAACAAGCUCAAACAGUUUAACUGGGACUGCCUCAGAUAAAAUUGGGCUAACUGGAAUUACAAGCACACCACCAGACAACAACUUAGCAGUGCAAAAUGGUAUAACUGCAACUAACAACCCAACAACACCAAACAAUGGAAUUGUUGGUAAUGGUUCAGGUACAAGUACAUUAUCUUCCAGACACAAAACAACACACGACACAAAAACAUCCGUAGCAUUGUUGUUUUCUAAUCCCUCAUCAGUUUUCAACGUAACAACAGUUACAUCUUCUCCACAUCAGCCAACAGACUACAGUGCAUUUACCAUGGCCACCAAUCACCAUACAACACUCAGUGAAACAACAAGCAGCACCAUUCAGCCAACAACCAUCAGUGAAACAACAACUAGCAUUACUUACCCAGUGAUCAGUAAAACAACAACAAGCAACAGUCACCAAACAACAAUAAGUGAAACUACAACUAGCAACAUUCACACACAAACACCACAAUCUAACAGUCAGCAACAGUUAUACACCACCCAGUGAAACAACACCUAUUAACGAAAUCAAACAAAAUGCUACAAGACCUGGCAACUUUACCACACUGACACGACAAGAAACUACACCCGGUAUCAUUCCCGCAACACACAAUGCUACAAGACCCAUAAUAAACACAAAUGACAACAAAAUAGUGACAACACCCAGCAGUGCCAAUGCAAUUGAACACAAUACAACACCCAGUUCUAUUCACCCAACAAUCAAUAAAACAACACUUAGUACUUUUCACAGACAUACAUAUGACACAAGACCUACCCCUACCCCUAACCCCAGUCACAUGUUGGACAUCCUAACAACAUCCAGCAGAACUGAAGUGACUAAACACAAUACAACGCCCACAAACAUUAACACCAAUGACAACAUAACUGUUAACUUAACUGAAACAACAAUGGACAACAUGGCAUCCAGCAACACCAAUGCAAUGGCGCACCAUACAACAACACUCAGCAACAUUUCCACACCGCCCAGUGAAACAACAUCCAGUGCUAUUCACACACAUUCACAUAACACAAAACCAGUCAGUUUUACCACACCAACACAAAAUAAAACUCGUCCCAGUAUCAUUCACACAACCGACAAUGCUACAACGCCUAACAUCAUCACCACAAAUGACAAUACAACUGUUCACCUAAGUCUCACACUGGACACUAAAACAUCUAGCAAUACCAUUGAAACAACACCCAGAAAUAGUGUUUCAGCAAAAGAUAAUGGUACAACAACAACCAGCAUUAUUUACACAUCAAUACUUAAUGCUACAACUCCCAGUAGUUUCAUAGCAACAACGCCCAUUAAAACCUACACAACUGAACACAGUUUUACAAAUGCAAUUAAGAAUUAUACAACAAUGCCCAACAAAACCCACUUAACUGAUUAUACUUUUACAACACCCAGAGACAAUCGUACAAAAACAUACAAUGCAAACACUCCAAGUAGCAUUACCACAACAGAAUACAAUUCUAGAACACACAGCAUGAAUUACACAGCAACAACUGCAGGUACAAAUGACAUUACAGCUACCAGUAACCAUUACUUAACAGCAAAAAAUACUACGACAUCAAGCAAAAAUUCCACAACAGUGUUCAAUACGACCCUUAGCAACUUUGCAGCAACACAUAAUGAAACAAUUACUUUUCAUUUGCCAGUAGACACUGCUACCCCCACCCACCAAGGAUUACACGGCAACAACUCCAAGUGAAAUGUAUUCAGUCACACAAAACUCUAUGUCAACCAGCAACAGCAACACAACAUCAUUCAGUCCAACAGUUGCUAAAAACUAUACAGCAACAAACAAUGCUGCAACAUCCAGCUUCAAUCACACAUCAGUAAUGCUUAGUGCAACAACAUCCAGCAACAAUCACACAACAUAUAAUGCAACACCGCCAAGCAGAAAUUACACAACAGCAAAUUACGACAUUGCCAACAAUUACACAGCAAUGUACAUUACAAGAACACCCACCAGCAAUUCUAGAACAGCAUAUAACGUAACACUUGACAGCAUUCACACAACACUGGCUGCAACAAAUCCCAGCUACAAUUACACAUCAGUUGUACCAACAAGUUACAACGCUUCAGAAACUACCACAAAUGAUGCAGCAAUACAUAGAGCCACAACACCUAGCCGCAAUCAAACAGCAAAGAACACUGCUACAACACCUAGAAACCCCCAUACAAGCAACAAUGCUUCAGUAACUAGCAUCAAUUAUGUAGCAAUAUAUAAUGCUACAACACAGAGCAACAAUCACCCAGCAGUGAACACUGCUACAACACCUAGCAACACCCUUGCAAGUUACAAUGCUUCAGUAACUAGCAUCAAUUAUGUAGCAAUAUAUAAUGCUACAACACAGAGCAACAAUCACCCAGCAGUGAACACUGCUACAACACCUAGCAACACCCUUGCAAGUUACAAUGCUUCAGUAACUAGCAACAGUUAUGAAACAAUACAUAAUUCCACAAAAUCUAGAAACAACGAAACAGCAAUGAACACUGCUACAACACCUAGAAACCCCCAUACACAUUACAAUGCUUCAGUAACUAGCAUC